CCGAUUUAGUUCAGUGCCCAGAAGUGGUCUUUUAGUCUUGCAUUGAGCAAGGACUGGACAUUACACAAUGUCAUUGCAUUGAGGAAAUUCAUCACAAAUGUAUUCUUGCAAGAUUUUUUUUGUAUGUCAACUCUUAUAUUGGUCAAUUUUGGGUAUAAGCAAUAAUGGUGAACUGAUCUAUUUUUGUAAACAUCAUGAAUAUCAUAAUAUUUAUCGAUAUAAAAAUGCAUUAGACAGCCACCCCUAUGUUGAUACUGGUUUGUCCCUACCAAACCCGGAAGUAUCACCCGGAAGUGAUCGUCCAUUGGCAGUAUACAUUGCGCGGGAUUUCCCCUGUACAAAGGUCUACGCAUAUACAUCAGAAAAAUCCCAGAGCUUUUCAAUACCUGUUCACUUUUACAAGACGACAGUACCGCGUUGAAGAUUUAACAACACGAAAGACAGUCCUAGACGACAUUCCCUUCGGAUAAUCUUGUUAAGAGAGAGGCAACGACAGAAAAGUUGCAGGCCUGACGGUUGUGAAAGUCAGCCAUUUCAACUGGACAUCUCCAGGUUUUACCAGUAGUUGAGCUACUCAUACUUUUAUAACACAGAGAAGACUGCCAAUCAACCACCAGGUGUGCAUAUCUUGGGUAGAGAAGGAUGCCCAUCAGACUUGAUCAUGUGAUGCACCUGCUUAGCUCUCUGGCUCAGGAGGAGAAUCUCCGAGUUGCAGUGAAAGAGUCGAUGAAGGGAGGACUUCUCACGGGGUUAGUAGCAGCUGCAGGAGGUCUGCUGGGAGGACCACCUGGUCUGGCUGUUGGUGGAGCAGUGGGAGGAGCCUUGGCUGCCUGGUCGUCAGCCGGCAGGUUCAAGUCUGUGGCCACCAUCAUCCUGGAGAUGGACCAGGACCAGCAGCUGCGGCUGUACAACGCAGUCUGGUCCAUUCUGGAGGGAAUCACUGCAGAUGACUUGGUAACCCUGCAGGCCUUGGUGAGAGGAGAUGCCAUGAUGAGGAAAAUGCUGCUGGAUGCUCUAGUCGGAUAUGUACAACAAGACAUGGGCAUGACUAUAUUGGACUGACAUCACAUUACACUAACAUAAGAUUUAGUGGGGUUAUUUUUAGAAUCCAGUUUGGAAUCCAGACCAAAUGUCCAUUGUGGCUCAGAUAAUAAUUCAUGCUCAGGAAAAGUUUUGUGACAACAUCUACACAAAUUGUAGGACUGUGGACCAAGAUUCAAAAGUUCUGUGAAACCAAGGAGGUUACAUUUUACAUGUGUAAGGUAUAUAACCUCCUUGGUGAAAUCAAAUCUGUUGAUCAAGCAGGGCUUGCCCUAGCCAUCCCACUUGUAAUCAUUUAACCUGAGUGAACUAGUAAAUAAUGGAGAGGCACUAGUAUUUCUUUGUUGAGGCUGUAAGCUGAUAUAGGAUGUCAGUAUGUGAUCUUCAUCUCAAGGAGGAAGUUACAUGCUGCUGGAAAACUGCAUGUAGUGAUUCAUAAGUGUUUUAGCCAUGUCCUUACGAUACAAAUAUUGCUAUCCAGAUUAUUUCUUAGGCCUAUCUUACGUAGAUAUUAUUGAAGGUGACAGUCAGAAAAUAGACUGACAGUCAGAAAAUAGACUGACACUGACACCACUUAACUAGGGGUUAACUGUUCAAAACAGUGUUUAAUUUUAUUUUUAGUCUUUAUGUCUUGUGACUAUAUACCAGAUAUCAGUGUGUUAUUUUGAAAUGAUGAAAUGUAAGGCCAGUAUCUAGUCUAGCCAACACAAACUUCAACCAUAAAAGUCCUGAUGGGGCCACCUCAGUCACAAUCUGUUGCUAUGAUGAAGAACAAACUACACACAUGCUUACUCUGAUCAGAAAGCUUACAGAUGUAGUGCCAUAGAUAUUCCUUAGCGUGCAAAUUUUGACUUCUCAUGAUGCUGUCUGUCAGAGAUGACUGCCCUCAUGAAUGCUGUGACCAUAUCAAGCACCAAUAGUGGCUGUAGGUUCACAAACAUACAUUACUUUAAUAAUGAAGUGAAAACUACAAAUCAUAGAAAAGGUGUUUGGAAAGUGUAGAAUAUAGCAGUGCCUUCAAUGUCGUUCAAUGUCAUGUCUGAUUCUGUAAAACUAUAGAACAAUAAAUAUCAUUUGUCUCACUUUGUUGAUGCAUGUUUCAUAAAAAAUAAACUGUUGAUGAUGUACUGUUGGAAAACAACUGUAUGUUCCACUGGACAAAUACGACCACUGGAAGUUAAAGCUACCAUUGGAGCCACAAUUAGCCAAAUACACAU